GAAGAAGAAGAAGAAGAAGAAGAAGAGUGUCUGUGAAGGUCCAAACAUGUCUCUACCAAAGCCGAUGAUGAGGGGGCUGCUGGCCCAGUACAUGAGGAUCCGACUGCCAUUGUCUUUUGUUUUUGCUGGUGGACUUGCGCUUGCAUACAAGCUCUUUGUGGCAGACCCCAGGGAACGGGCCUAUGACAACUUCAACAAGAGCUACGAUCCGGACAAAGCAUUCGAAGCCAUGAGGGAAGCUGGAGUCUUUCAAAGUGUACGGCCUGUUGGGAAAUAAAACCUCUGUUUACCACCAUCCUUUAUUCUUGAAGAUGAAACUGGUUCUCCUGGGUGACAUUUACUGAUGGGAUGUGAACAUUGUUCCUCUAAAAUAAAAUAUUUCAAUGA